GACGCUUGUUCUUCUUGUAGAACGACCUGACGGGAGAGCACUCGUGUGUGAUGCUGAAGGAGCUGACCACCGAAGAGGAGCAGAGCCCGUGGCUGUCUGCAUUUUGGCAAGAUUUCCGCCGGCGCUUCCUGUCCCUGCUCUCCUUCCAGUUCUGCAACUUCCCCCCCAGCUUGGCCCUCAGCAUCCUGCAGAACAAGAACGCCAAGGAGGCCGUGAGCACUAUGAGCAGCUCGCAGCUGGCGGUCCACUUCAGUCCCUACGACCUCAAGCGCCUGGAGCUGUACUCCCGCAGCAUGGUGGACUACCACCUCAUCAUGGACCUGGUCCCCAGCGUGGCACGCCUCUUCUUCCUCAAACAGAUGGGUGACCUCUCCUUGUCGGCAGCACAAUGCGCUCUGCUGCUGGGCUUGGGGCUGCAGCACAAGUCCGUGGAGCAGCUACAGAAGGAGAUUGACCUCCCCAGCUCGCAGCUUUUGGGGCUCUUCAACCGUCUCGUGCGCAAGUUUGUGCAAGUUUUUACCAGCAUUCAGGAAAAGGCCAUCGAAGCAGAGAUGGCGAAGACAAAAGACGUCAGCAUGGAGCCAACUGUCCUAAGUCUUCAGGAUGAUCUAAAUGAUGCGGCAAAGGAGUUUGAGGAGAAACACAAGCAGGACAAAGAGAAAGUGAGAGACCUUGACCUGGAACAGUACAAGAUCCGCGGCGACGACGAGGAAUGGGACGAGGUGCUGAAGACGGCCGGCGGCACGGCCAUGGUCAGCAUCAAAAGUGACAAGAAGAGGAAGCUGGGCGGAGGAAAGGAGGCGUCGACCAAUGGCGGCGUGGUGCACGGGAAGCAAAGGAAGACAGAAGUCCAGCAUGGAAAGUUCAAGAAGAACAAACAUGGCAACAAAUCUGGAAAGAAGGCGUUCAAGUGAUGUCACUUUAUUAAAUGAUGUAGAACAAA